UAAUAUUUUCCAUUUUUACAGAUCUUAUUGCCCGAAAACUAUGGGAUUACGGUUGGCUGACAAUCUUCAUAAUGUAUCAAGUCCUGUUUAUAAUUUUUCCUAAUAGAGCAAUAAACAGAGAGAAUCUAGGCGUAGCUUGCAAUAUAGCCUUACUUUUGGAACAAUUACGUCUGAUCAUGAAACAUCAUGCUUUCGUUAGGAGCGUGGCACCCAGAUUUUUAUCAUACAAACCCCAUAGCGAUAUUUCACCGCCGAGUGGACCUCGAUUUUCGCAAUACUUGUAUUUCCUGUUCGCGCCGACUUUGAUAUACCGCGAUGAAUAUCCAAGGACAAAAAAGAUCAGGUGGAAAUUCGUAAUUCAAAAUUUCGCCCAAGUCGGCCUAAUGAUCUUCUAUUUCGCCUUUAUCCUGGAGCAAUUUGUGACGCCGGUCUUUUAUACCUUUGGUACACAGCCUUUCGAACCAAUGUGGUUCGUCAAGAAUAUUAUCGACGCGAGCAUUCCCGGGGUCCUCGUUUUCAUCUCCGGGAACUAUCUUCUGCUGCACGCGUGGAUGAAUGCCUGGGCGGAGAUGCUGCGAUUCGCUGACCGGUUGUUUUAUAAGGAUUGGUGGAACUCCACGUCCUACCGCAUGUAUCAUCGCACGUGGAACGUGGUGGUCCAAGACUGGCUCUACGCGUACAUCUACAAGGAUAUGUACGAGAUCGUGGUGCCGCGCAACAAGUCGCUCGCGACCUUCACCGUAUUUCUCAUAUCAACCAUCUGGCACGAAUAUAUCUUUGCGUUCACGUUCCAUUUCUUCUACCCAGUGUUCUUGAUUGUUUUCGGCGUAUCCUUUAUUCUAACCUUGUGCAACGUCUUCAACAACAUCAGCAUGUGGGUGAGCUUCUGCAUCGGCAACGGCAUUCUGGUCAGUUUGUAUGCGACAGAAUAUUAUGCCCGUUACAACUGUUCGCCAUAUUCCGAUUACUAUGCGGACUUGCUUCUACCGCGAAGCUGGAACUGUCAGAGGCAACUUGCCGUGUAGGGUGUUCAUCUUCCAGCGAUGAAUUCUUUUCGCGGGAUAAUUUAUUUACCGUUUCAGAGAAACUAUUAGCGGGGAAUUAAUCUCGAAGUGAAAAGUGACGGAGAAGCUCUCCGCUAUUAUUGUACAUAUGUUAAUAAUUGAUUAUUAUGCAUAAUUACCGGCAAAUAUAUAUAAUUAUUGAUUUUGUUAAAUUUAAUAAAUUUCAUAUGUAUCAUUAUAAUAUAAUAUACAA